AUGAAGCAAUCGAAACUUCCGCCGAUAUAUUGGACGUACGCGAUGCACCACGCCGUGCGGGUGCAUAACCUGCUUUCAACCACCCCCAUAACCGACAACCUGUCCCCGCAUCUGAAAUGGACGAGAACGAAAAGGGACACCUCCAUGCUCCGCAUGUGGGGGUGCAUGGUGCAGUACCGUCCGCUGACAUCAACCAUCAGGAAAUUUGCAAGCCGCGCGCACUGGGGAAUCCACCUCGUCAUUAGCCACGAGCACAAGGCAUGGAUCAUUCUAGAUCUGCUCAGCCAGAAGACCACUCAUGCGCGCGACGUCAUAUUCUACAAGCGACUCUUUCUCGACCGAUUCUGCGUGAACGAGCGCACAAAGGCGAUCCGCGCUUACGCCAACGACGGGCAUAGCUACGCAACACCCGAGUUCGAAGCAGCUGCGGCUAUCCUGGAGCAAGACACCAGGGGCAAAUUCGCAAGAGGCGAUUGCCAUAGCAGCGAUGACUACGAAGACUCCCCUGGGGGAGGAGUAAGUGGAGCAGGAGGAAGCAGCAAAGGCACAGCACCGCCAGCACCGCCUGAACCAGAGAGCGACGACGAUGACGUGCAGGAGGUUAUCCUGCAGCAUCGCCAUGACAACACUGUUUCAGGGCUGCAACUUCUCGGGCUCCACACCGCCACUUCAACCGCGCCACGCGUCAUCGAGCCAAAGAAUCUGCGCCAAGCCCUCACGGGACCACACAACAAGGAAUGGCGCGAGGCGAUGGAUGCGGAAAUCAAGGCGCUCGAGUCUCGCGACACAUGGAGGCACGGCAUUGACUUCGACCAGACAUUUGCGCCGGUCAGCCGCCACACCUCCGUGAGAAUUCUGCUCGCAAUCGCUGCCGCAAGACACCUCCCGCUGCGCCAAAUCGACGUGAAGAACGCGUUCCUGUACGCGUUAGUAGAUGCGGUCAUUAACGUGGAGCAGCCGCACACGUACGGCGAAGGGGAUUCGCAUGUGUGCCAGCUACGAAAGUCCCUCUACGGGAUCAAACAAGCACCAAGGCUCUGGCAGCCAUACCUACACAACAUCGUGCUUGAGAUAGGCUUCAAGCAGCUGCCCCAUGAUCCUGGGAUGUACCGCCACGAUUUCCGCGGGGAUUAUAUUCUGCUCUCAGUCUACGUUGACGACUUGCUUUACACAGGGUCGAGCAACGAGCUGCUUGAGCAGUUCGAAAAGAAUCUGGCGGGACGCGUCGACAUUACCUGCAACCACGACGUGAAGUAG